AUGAAAUCGAAAAAAAGAGAAAAAUCUUUAAUAAAAGAACUUGAUGCAAUAAGAUCGUUAAAAAAUGAAAGUAUAGAUUUGAAAGAGUUGGAAGAUAAAAUGGUUAAAUUAAUUGAGAAAGCAGCCCAACAUUAUUAAGAUUAAUUAGAUAAUAAUAUGGCUCAAUUUUAUUUUGAAUAUGGAAGCAUUUUAGUUUAAAUAUUAGAAUAAUCUCAAGAUUCUGUUGAAAAUUCAUUAAAUUGUGUAGAGAUUUCUAGAAAUGAUAGAGAAUUAAAAAAUACAUAAUUGGCUUUUGAGAAUUUAGAAGCAGCAAAGACAAUCAUACGUAAUAGACUUGAUAAGCAAAAUAUUGAGAUGUAUAAAUUGUAGGAAUAGUUGCAAUGUAAGAUAUUAUAGAUUAUCAUAGAAAUUAGAUAAAAAAUAAAUGAAACAGAAUUAGAAAUGAGUUUAAUAUUAAUAAGAAUAGGAGAUCUUUAAACUUGGAGAGAAGAUUAUAAGGAUGGAUUAUUAAAUUUUUAUGCAGCAUUAGAAAUUUUAAAAAAUUCAUAUAAUUAUAAAGAACUUAGUGCAGUUCAUUUUAAAAUAGGAAAUGCAAUUUUAUUAUAAAAUGAAAAUGGAUGCGAGAAAUUAAGUUUGAAUCAUUUAGAGUAAUCUUUUAGAAAUUGUUACUUAUAACUUUAUAAGAAAGAAUGUGAUUUUGAUUUAAGUGAAAAGAAUUUAACAAAAAUUGUAAUUGAUAAUGAUUUACUAAAAAUGUUAAUAGAAAAAAUGGAAGAUACUUAUAUUUAGUUAAAUGAAAUUAAUGCAUGUUAGAAAGAGAUUGAAAAAUGGAAAAGUUCAGAACCAAUUUUGUAACAGGAAAUAUAAUAUUUAGGUAAGAUUAGUAGAUAAUCUAAUCAAAUAAAUGGUAUAAAAAUUAAAAGAAAAAUUUGA